AUGCCUUUUGGGGGCUUAGCAGGGCUGAAGGAGCAGGUGUUGAAGCCUGGAAAGGAAGAGGUGAAGAACACAGUGGGGGACUCUCUGGGAAACCUGCAGAGAAAAAUAGAUGGUACAAAUGUUGAAGAGAAGGACCACAUUGAACUGACAGAAGAUGGGCGUCCAGUGGCGGCGGCACCUCGCAGUGCCCCUUUGCUGGACUGCAGCUGCGGGGGACUCCCCAAGCGCUACAUCAUCGCCAUCCUCAGUGGCCUGGGCUUCUGCAUCUCCUUCGGCAUCCGCUGCAACCUGGGUGUGGCCAUUGUGGAGAUGGUGAACAACAAUACAGUCUACGUCAAUGGGACUGCAGUUCUUCAGCGAGCUCAGUUCAACUGGGACCCGGAGACGGUGGGGCUCAUUCAUGGCUCUUUUUUCUGGGGCUACAUCGUCACUCAGAUCCCCGGGGGUUUCAUUUCCAACAAGCUGGCUGCCAACAGGGUAUUCGGGGCGGCCAUUUUCCUGACGUCAGUGCUGAACAUGUUCAUCCCCUCCGCGGCCCGGGUGCACUACGGCUGCGUCAUGCUGGUCCGCAUCCUGCAGGGCUUGGUGGAGGGUGUCACCUACCCCGCGUGCCAUGGGAUGUGGUCCAAAUGGGCACCACCUCUGGAACGGAGUCGACUGGCCACCACCUCAUUCUGUGGAUCCUACGCAGGAGCGGUUAUUGCCAUGCCUUUAGCAGGAGUUCUGGUGCAGUACGUUGGGUGGCCUUCAGUCUUCUAUAUCUACGGUGUGUUCGGGAUCAUCUGGUACGUCUUCUGGCUCUUACUGGCGUACGGAAGCCCAGCUGUCCACCCCACUAUCAGCGAUGAGGAGAGGACAUACAUAGAAACCGCCAUCGGAGAAAGGGUCAAUUUACUGAAUGCCACCGAGAAAUUCAAGACUCCAUGGCGCCGUUUCUUUACCUCCAUGCCUGUCUAUGCCAUCAUUGUGGCCAACUUCUGCCGCAGCUGGACUUUUUACCUGCUCCUCAUCAGCCAGCCAGCGUAUUUUGAGGAAGUCUUCGGCUUCCCGAUCAGCAAGGUUGGAAUUCUUUCUGCUGUGCCCCAUAUGGUGAUGACCAUUGUUGUACCCAUUGGAGGACAGCUGGCAGACUUCCUACGCAGCAACAAAAUCCUGUCCACAACAAACGUGCGGAAAAUCAUGAACUGUGGAGGUUUUGGCAUGGAGGCCACUCUGUUGCUGGUGGUUGGGUUCUCACACACACGCGGGGUGGCUAUCUCCUUCCUGGUUCUGGCAGUAGGCUUUAGUGGAUUCGCUAUCUCAGGGUUUAAUGUCAAUCAUUUGGAUAUCGCCCCGCGCUAUGCCAGUAUUUUGAUGGGCAUCUCUAACGGUGUGGGCACGCUGUCGGGAAUGGUGUGCCCCUUGAUUGUUGGAGCCCUAACUAAAAACAAGACUCGUCUGGAGUGGCAGAACGUGUUCGUGAUUGCGGCCAUGGUGCAUUACUCUGGAGUCAUCUUCUACGCUAUCUUUGCAUCGGGGGAGAAGCAGGACUGGGCAGAUCCUGAGGACACAAGUGAGGAUAAAUGUGGCAUUAUCGACGAGGAUGAGCUGGCUGAAGAGUCUGAGCUCAACAGCGAGAGCCGCUUGGCACCAAAACAGAGCUACGGCACUGCAGACAAUUCCUCUGGGUGGAAGCGGGGCUGGAGAAAGAGAGGAGUAACCGUGCAGGAGGAGGAAGAUGGAAACCCACAUUACGGAAAUGGAAACUACCAGGACCAAUAG